GUCCUAGAUAGGAUCCUCGCCCACGACAGUGGCGACUCAUGGUGGGCCGCGGUCAGCGGUCGUGCGCGGCUCGGCCGGCUGGUGGCACAGCGGGCGGACCUGGUGGCUGCAGUGGCUGACCCGGCCAGCUACAGUCUGUGCGCGACGUCGCGGGUGCAACUAAACAGGAGCACCGUCUUGCGCUCUCGGCUGGACUGUUGCCCGCCCACCUCCACCGCCUCGACUUCGACAUCCAGGGCUGCCCUCGUGACCGCCGCUGGUAGCGCGGCGGCCGCGCAGCGGCAACCGCAGCAGCCGCAGCCUGCGGGGGCGGGCUGGGCGGCCGCGCCGCCGCUGUCUGUGUCCUCCCAGCUGCAGUCCCGUGUGGGCCGGUGGGCGGAGGUGCGGGCUGACCUGGCCAUCUUCCAACGCACUGGCGGGGGCUGGGCUGAGCGCAACAGCGCGAGCAGCGGUUCGACGGCGGCGGCGGCCGUGGAGCUGGGGCAGUCGGCUCAGGCUACGGCUGUUGGAGCGGUGACGCCGUUGCUGCUGGGGCUCCAGGCGGGCUCGGUGACCACGUCGGGGGCGCCACUGGUGUGGCGGUGCGGUGUGCUGCAGGUGACUGCGCCGCCGACAUGGCCGCUGGCGGGCGGGGCUGAUGCACCGACAGACGUGGCCGGGCCUGCGCUAAAGAGCGGCGUGUACGUCCAGGGUACCAUAGCACUGCAGGGGGAGCGCGUCCUGUGGCAGGGACCCACGCGGCCGCCACGCCGGCGCAGCCGUACAGAAGCCGUGCAGAGUGGCGGUACGACAGUCCAGCAGCAGACCGUGGCGACGGUCGACGGGGCCGGGCACGCUACCACCGCCAUGGCCGCACCCCCCUCGGUUGCGGCAGCUGCGGCACCGCAGGCGAUAGGGUCGUACACUCCCUCCACGAGAAGAGCUACUGCCAGCGUCUACCCGCUUUCCAGCAACGGCGGCGAUGAGGAGGACGAUGAUGAGGAGGAGGACGGCGGCGUCCUCGCGUCCCCCACAACUGGCGCGUCCAGCGUCUCAGGCGGAAAGGCGAUCCGGCCACCUAAUCGCGUGCUCGCUGCGGGGCCGGCGGGUAGCGGAGGCGCCGCCGCCGGUGGAGCCGGCGGCGGCAGCGGCGGGGCCUCCGGCAGCAGCGCAGGCGCCGCCCCCGCUGGCGCCGCAGCGCCGCCGUUCGGGAUCGAGCUGCCGUCCGCGGUUGCUUUACAGGACGCCCUCAUGGACGUCACUCAGUCGUUUAGUCGACUACGGGAUGACGUCACGGCGGCGACUAAGUGGGUCGGCAGCGGUGGGCUGGUGGAGCAGCUGACGGCGACGGCGGCGACGGCGCCAGGCGCGGCAGCUAAGCAGCGACAGGCCGCCGCUGCGGCACCACCCCACGGAACAGGUACACAGGCGGGGUGUAUGGAAAACACCGUGGCCAUUCGCCCAUUUUACACUUUCAAUGUACGGACAUGGGGGAGUAUUUGCCGCGUCGUUCUCCUGCAUGUGUUUCCCGUCGCCCUGAUGUUUAACUGUUCCCCUCCCUUGGCGCGGUUCCGCUGUCGUGCCAUCUGCUCCAUCUGCGUGGCUGGCCUCGGGGCAUCGUUCGGAUGCUGGAUGGCGGGAGGCGGGUUGGAUGGGGACGACGCGGCCGCUCAUGCCGCACGCGGCGCGCUGCGUCCGUUCGCCAGCGCCGCAGCCAGUGUUCAGGCGGGCCGUUUCAGCGGCUGGCUGCUGGAUUUCACCCGCGUGUCUGCGCAGCUGGAUUGCGGGCUCUGGGGUCCCGGCGACAAGAGCCCCGCAGGUGGUAGCGACCAGGGUAGCUGGACCAGGCAGCGCCAUCCCGCCUUUGCCCUGGGCGACACCGGCGCCUGGCACGCGCUGUCGCUGUCGAUCUGCCAGCAGCUACUGGGCCCGCUUCGCUUGGCUGCGGACUGGCGGUACCAGCUGGCAUCGAGUAGGCCGCUGACGUUGCCGCCGCCGCCGCCGGGCCCCCAGAGAACCCCGGUUGCAUCAGCGCCGACGUCGAUGCGCGCAACCACCCCCGGUGCAGCCGCAGCUGCGGCGGCGGCGGCAGCAGGGACCUGGCUUGGCGACGCUGCGGGUGCUGUGGCGGCUCAUACUGUGGGGAUGCGGCCGCAGCUGUUGGAAGCGGUGUAUGCACUGGACCUGUCAGUACCGGGCACGAGGGGGGCCGCCCGUGUGGUGGCCUGGUACUCGCCGCAGCGGCGCGAGGGCAUGUCAAGUGUCGCGACGGUCUCUAAUCCAGCGCAUCUUCCAUGGCAACUACUAGAUGUCGCUGCGCCGCUGAUGGCAUCUGGACCUACAUCCGGGGUCGGCGUGGCUUCCACGCUGCGAGCGAUGGGGGCAUCUUCAGGCCGAUUUUGCGCAUCGCUGUUAAGACCACCAGCUUCCUUGACUUUCCGUGGAAUCGCCACUAAGGCAGCGGCCAGCGUGGGUAGCUGUGCGGCCGCGUCGAACAGGACUCCCAUGCGACAGGGAAUGCUCUUAGCGGCGGGUGUACUGUCCAAGCGGGGUAGUGCAGCGGCGGCAGCGGCAUAUGCCACAGCAGCAGCGGAAGGCGCCGCUGCUGCGGCUAGCGCCGGUGCAGUAGCGGCCGGGCGGCGGUUGUACGGCGGCUUAGCGCUGAGCGAGGGUCUCUCCUCCGGAGCCCGUCUUGCGCUGGCUGGCUGGCUGGGUGUGUGCUCGAUUUGGGUUUACAGCAUGGUGGUGCUGGGGGGCAUCACUCGUCUGACCCGGUCUGGGCUAUCCAUGACGGAAUGGAAGCUUGCAGGCGAGAGGCCCCCCUGGACUGAAGAGGAGUGGGCAGCGGAGUUUGCCAAGUACAAAGCCAGUCCCGAAUUCCAGAAAGUGCACCGUGGCAUGACCCUGAACGAGUUUAAAUUCAUUUACUGGAUGGAGUACGCCCACCGCAUGUGGGGUCGUCUGCUUGGCCUGGCCUUCGCACUGCCCGCCGCGUACUUCCUAGCGCGAGGCUGGGUGACCCGAGCACUGGGUCGGCGGCUGGGCCUGCUGUUCUUCAUGGGGGGAACUCAGGGCCUGGUGGGCUGGUGGAUGGUGCGGAGCGGCCUGGAGGAGCCUGAGCACGAGUGGGCUGCCCCCCGCGUGUCCCCCUACCGCCUGGCCGCACACCUGGUGUCGGCAUUCGCCAUAUACGCCACGUUGGUGUGGACCACACUGGAUUUGCUGUACCCGCAGCCCGCUACCCUAGGUGCCCCCGAGGGGCUGUUGCGCACCACUGCCGCCGCCCGCCGGGUGCUACUGCCCCUGGCAGCGCUCAUCGCCGUGACAGCUACAUCCGGGGCCUUCGUGGCGGGCAUGGACGCGGGUCGUGCCUACAACACGUAUCCGCUCAUGGGUGGGCGCCUGGUUCCUGAGGAGUACUGGGACGAGCGACUGGGGCUGACACCGCUCCGGAACCUGUUUGAGAACACCGCCGCGGUGCAGUUCAACCACCGUUGCCUGGCCACCGCUACGCUGCUGGCUGUGGGAGCUGUCUGGCUGGGUCACAAGGGGCGAGACCACCUGCCGGGUCGGGCCACCCGCUGCCUGCAUGCAGUGGCGGCGAUCACGGCGGCGCAGUUCGCGCUGGGUAUCUACACGCUGCUGCAGUACGUGCCCGUGGCCUUAGGGAGCGCCCACCAGGCCAAUGCCCUUAACCUUUUCACGGCGGCGCUGGCGCUGCUGCACGCCUGCCGUCCGCCGGCGCCCCCAUCGACGGGCCUGGCGGCGGCGGCGGCGCCCCUGGUGACGCCCGUUUCGGUGCUGGCAGUGGCCUGCAUCGGGUACAUGGUGGCGACCCAGAAUGGCACCCUCACGCAGAGCGCUGCGUACACGGGGCCGAGUGCUGAGCCUGCCCAGAUCAGCAAGAAGGCCCUGGUUGCUGGCCUGUCUGCUGCCUCAGCUGCUACUCUGGCGCUUCCUUCCGUGGCGGAGGCUGCCGUGACCCCGUCGCUGCGCAACUUCCUGUACUCUCUGGUUGCUGGAGGUGUGGUGCUUGGCGGGAUCGCUAUUGCCAUCACCGCCGUGUCCAAGUUCGACUCGGUGAAGCGCGAUUAAGCGCCUUAGUCGGGGAGCGCGGGCUGGGAGAUCGGCAGUGAGCUUUGCGCACUGGAGGUUGUCUAGCGUAGUGAAGGAUGGUGUAAGUGUCGUUUUGACGAGAGCAUUCUGGCGGACGUGCUAGUUGCAGGUACCGACAGUGCUCUAAGGGUGCAUGGCUCAGGUGCUUGUGUGCCGGAGUGAGUCGGGCAAGCAGAGCUUGGUUUGAGGAACUAGGCAACGCUUUGCAGUUAUGUUCUGUUAUUAAGGUCUAUUGUUUGCAGUGCACAGGCAGUUUUGAGAAGAUUAUGCGCGGCGCCUUGUGCACUAAAUUCCAAACAUAGGCGCAUGUAAUUCUUAAUGGUUGGAAUCGCG